AUGAGAAAUCCCAUUCAAUCUUUCUAUCAACUCAGUUGGAUCCAAAAGUAUGAAAAUUACUUAAAAUCCAAGAGAGUGGUGUUAUCUUUUCUUCUGAUAUUCACCAACCUUUUAGCUGGCAUUGUUUAUGGGUAUGCAUUGGGUUCCAUUGGAGCAGCAUUUUCAUCGGCAAGUGCUGCAUUUUCCAGCACCAAUUCAACAACGAUAACGAACACGACCUCCCUCCCAACGACCCAUCUGAUCCCGGUCACCGUCGAGAAGAAAGAGGCUCCUCGUGACACUCUCCGUCAAAGAAUCACUUUCCAAAAACAGAAUUACGCAUCCAAGAAGGCUACCACUUGGACUCACAGAAGUAUUAGUAGUACUAGACCUGGAAUCUCAACCAGUAUUUUAAAUACUCCCCACGACUACCAUACACACCCGAUCCAUGACCUCCAUAAUGAGAUCUCACCUCUCAUGACCACUGCUACUACUACCUCGAAUACCUCGAAUACGACCACCUCUACAACUUUUGAUUUAGGAAAUUCCUUACUUCAAGGCUUAUUCGCCUCAAGUAUUUUCAUUGGAGGUUUCGGAGGAGCCAUGUUCAUCAUGCUCCUGGGAAAUUAUUUAGGUCGUAAAUUAUGUAUGAUUUUGUGUUGCGUGAUUUUUUCAAUUGGAUGUAUUGGUGCAUGUGCUUCAAAUUCUUAUGCUUCAUUGAUUGUUUUCAGAUGUAUCAUGGGUUUUGGUGCUGCCAUUUCAACUUCGGUGAGUUCAGUAUAUGUCGCUGAAUUAAUGCCUUUUCCCAAAUAUCAAGGUGUCUUGGGUUCCAUGUACAAUAUGGGCAUUGCUUCUGGUUUAUCGGCAGCCUAUGUCAUUGGUGCAAUUUUUACGGGAGCCAACGUACAGAGUGAACAAUGGCGGGCAGUUCACGCUUUUGGAAAUUUAUUUUCCUUACUGUUGUUAGUGGUGGUUGUGUUUUGCAUUCCAGAAUCACCCAUGUUUAUUGGAAGUGGAAAUUCCAGUAAUAGUACUAAUGCGGAAGGAAUUUCCGUGGGAGGUCAAGAAAAUAAGAAUACCAUGAUGAUUGGACCAUUGAAUAUUAUUUCAGAUAGUCAACAAGCAGAUUUGGCAGACCCAGUAUUACUUAAAAAGGAAAAAGAGAGAGGUUUCCAGGCUGUCACGACCAGUACGAGCUCAGCACCUGUGACCUCUACGACCACAACAUCAACGACUGUUUCCAAUGUUCAUGUAGCAACUGCAUCGGACAACCAGUCCAAAGAAGGUUCAGAGGAACAAUCAAAGAAAAUGCCACUAUUGGCAGUUUUGAAGAGAUUAUUUUGCUCCAAAAUUGUUAUUUCAACAAUCCUUGCAAGUUAUUACUGUUUUGCAAUUGAAUGGACAGGAAUUCAAAGCGCUACACUAUUCACACCCUCCCUAUUAGAAUCUGCUGGUGUGAAAGAACCACUCUAUCAACUCUUAUGUUCCUUUGCAAUUAAUGUUUGGCAAGUAUUGACUAUUAUUCCAAUUAUUUUCUUAGUCGAUCGAUUUGGAAGAAAGACCAUUCUACUUUUUGGACUAACUGUUUCAUUACUGACAGAUUUAGCAGAAGGUUUUAUAUUCCAAUUUGCCACCGAUGGUUCUACUGAAAAGAUUGUUCUCGCUCUUGUAUUCAUGGCCAUCUAUCUGAUCGGUUUCAACAUUGGUUUGGGUUCUCUCACUUUCAUUUUAGCUCAUGAAGUAUUUAACGGAGAGCAUGAGAGAGUGAUUGUUUUAGGAACGUCGAUGGCCACCAUGUGUCUGUGGAUCUUUUCAAUUAUUUUAAGUUUAUUCUUUAUACCAGUGGUCAGUGUGACCAAUCAAGCAGUACCAUGGUUCAUAUUCGCUGGAUUUUCAUUCAUUGGUUUGUUGUUGAGUAUCUUUUUGUUGAAAGAGACCUCACCGUUGGUGUUGGCAAAACGAAAAGCAAAGGAAGACGCCAAGAAGGAAUUGAAAACAGAAGAACAGAAGAAUCAUCCGACUCCUCCAUCAACAAUGAAUACUGCUUUGGAAGUGGAUGUUGCUUCUGACAUGUACAAGAAUCAAGACAAUGGGGAGCCAACAACUGCUGUUGAAAUGAAAGAAUUCGAACAUGUUGUGCAAUAA